GAGCCGCGUUUAUUUCGUGGUGUUGUUUCUAACCUGGUGCUGCUCUUUCGUGAUGGCGCGCACGAAGCAGACGGCGCGUAAGUCGACGGGCGGGAAGGCGCCCCGCAAGCAGCUGGCCACCAAGGCGGCCCGCAAGAGCGCGCCGGCCACGGGCGGCGUGAAGAAGCCGCACCGCUACCGGCCCGGCACGGUGGCGCUGCGCGAGAUCCGCCGCUACCAGAAGUCCACGGAGCUGCUGAUCCGCAAGCUGCCCUUCCAGCGCCUGGUGCGCGAGAUCGCGCAGGACUUCAAGACCGACCUGCGCUUCCAGAGCUCGGCCGUCAUGGCGCUGCAGGAGGCGAGCGAGGCCUACCUGGUGGGGCUCUUCGAGGACACCAACCUGUGCGCCAUCCACGCCAAGCGCGUCACCAUCAUGCCCAAGGACAUCCAGCUCGCCCGGCGCAUCCGCGGGGAGCGCGCCUGAGGCCGCAGCCCAUCCCCCUUCUCUUCCGGCAGAGGCCGAGGCAGCCCACACAGACCCAAAGGCUCUUUUAAGAGCCACUCCAUGCACAGUAAGAAGAGCUGAAGCACGAUUCUCUGUGUUUGAGAUGUUUAAUCCUUGAACUCUUCGUUUCACAGAUCAGUACUUUAUUUGCAGCUCCAGCUCCUGAUAUGUUUUUCAUUGCACUGCAAUGUCUAUAAUCAUAGUUCAUAUAUCUCCUGAGUAUUUUGAGGAUGUAAAGUUUUUCAGUAGGAGUUUCAUAAGUCUUGGGUUGUAAUUUUUGUAUUUUGCCAGUAAUCAGUAUACAUAUUUGUAGUUGAUCCUUUGCUAGCACAGAUAGUAAUCAGAAGAUUCAUACAGAGGCUGAGACAGUACUGAGCAAUCAGAUUCCUGCAGUUAGAGUUCUAAGGUUAUAUAUUAAGGUAAAUGCAGCUUUCUCAAAUUAAGAACAUCUUCAGUACAAGGACCUCUGCUUGAAUCUCCAUUAUCACACACAGAAGAGGGACCAAUCUAACAAAGUUUUGUGUGAGUUAAAAAUUAGGCUUCAGACUCGUAACAGGGAGCAAAAGGAAUUUUCCCAUGAAUGUGGGAAAUAAUUUGCUGUCUUCUCCCAUGGUUUGAAAGCGCGUGCUCUGUGUCUGGGUUGUGAGGGUACAGAACAGAGAUGAGGAGUGCUAUAAGAUGCGACAGCAGUCACCUCUCGCCAGCAGAAAUUUCUAUGUGGUAUUUGCAUUUUCCCUUAGACCUGCUUGCUGUAUCUAUCAGAGGCAGCAUUCCAAUGGAUGAGAAAAGAAGAAGCCAGUUGCACAGCAUGCAGUGUAGGCAGCAGUGCCAAGUGAGCACUGAUUUGUUCCUUCUUACUCCACCCUGUCCCAUGAAGCUCCUCAAAACAGUUAAUAUCUGCAUUGGAGAUAAGAUAUCUGCGUAUCUUAUUUUGAAAUUAAAUUGCAAUGGAAGUACAGAACUACGGUGUCACCAAGUAUUGAGUGCAAUGGCUGUAAUCUCUGUAACGGACAGAGAAGUUAUGUUUUGAUUUCCUAUUUCAAACAGAACGUGUAUACACACGCACAUAUAUACAUACACACACAUGUAUAGAUACACACAUGGUGAAUAAUUUCCACAUCUACUUUUGGGAGUGGAUUCCAUUGACUGCUGUCUGAUAGCUCCACACAGUGCCUGGGCCUGCACCAUGCCAGGCAGCAGUGUCUGUCCAGCAAUGAGCUCUUUAUUCAUACUGUGACCCCCCUCAUCAUUUUCAGCUCUGUGUGUUCAAACAUUUUAACCUUUGCUAACCUCAAAGUGGUACCUGGCUACAAAGCAAUUCCAGCUGAGAAAAGAGUGUUCCUGACAUGGAACAAUAAAAACAAAAAUUAUGUAGCCUAUUGUCCAUAAUCUUAUAGUCAGAUAUAUAUCUAAUCCUUUAAAAUUACACUUGUGGACACCAUCUGUAUGUUACUCCAACAGGAGCAGUUUCCAUUUAUCAGAUUUUCAUCCCUUGCUCCUCAGGGGUUAAUGUGUAAAGAGAUAGUCAUUUUUUUCAAAUUGAUCAUCCCUUAUAGCAACAUUGGAGUCAUAGAGGGCAGAGUUAGACAGAAUAAUUAAUUUAUGUUGUGCGGGACAGAGGGAAUUGAGAGUUAAA